AUGUCAGCCCGUCCAUCCCGAUUUUCCGUUUUGAAGAUCGAAGGAGACUCCGAGGAUGAAGCAAAAUCUUCAACGAGCAAGGGCAAGCAAAUACACGGAGGAUUUAUCGUUCAUGCCAAAGAGAAAAAGCAACGACAACCGAAGAAAAAGGCAACGGAAAUGAAAGAUGCUUUUCCUGAAGAGCCAAGCCAGACCGAGGAUUUGCCGGACAUGGGAACGGAUGACUUGACACAAGCAAUCGAAGAAAGUCUCAAAUUCAUGGAGGAUGACAAGAAGAGCAAAGAAGAGCUGAAUGAAGCAAUCGCGCAAAGUCUCAAGUCAUUGAAACCUCAACAGUCAGCUGCUGGAGCUCCGCUUUAUGGAAUGGUCGCUGAACAGGACCCACUUGAUACGAUUCUUCAAAAAUCAACGGGUUCAAACCAAGUCUUCAUCGGCCUUCUGCAAGAUCAAAUCAAGAAGUUGACCAAUGAACUCGGAAUCGAACGGGAAAAGGUUUUGCGGGCUUCACAUGGCGAGCAAAAGUACAAGGAACGUUAUUUGAAGCUUCUUAGUCUCCUGCAGGAUGCUGAAUUAAAAGAAGCCGUCGAAAAGGCCAAUGAACUCGCUAAACGUGAUCAAAUAAUCGAAGAGCAAGCCAGUCAGCUGAAGGAACAGCAAGAUGUGCUCGAGAAGUUGCGAAGUCAAAUUCGACCUCCCACUCAA